GUCGACCGUGAACGGCGGCGGGCGCGCCUAACUCUUUCUCUCCGACGUAUCACUGUAUUUCUCAAACAUGUCCAAGCCAGACUCGCAGAGCAAGGUAGACCCUGCUACGGAACCUCCGCUCGACGAUAUCGACCACGCGGAAACCACGGCGCACUCACCUGACAACGCUGCGAACCUGGAUGUGAAGCCCCCGCGCCGCGUCAAGAGGCAUCCUGAAGUACCCCAUGACCCUCGUUUUGACAGGCCUGUUCCUUCUAUAUGGAAACGGGUGGCGCUGCUCCUGUUCACUGCGGUUCUGUUCUACCUUGCGGUGAAGAUGAGGUUCAACGCCAAGACCACUAAGCCGCAGACGGUCUACGCCAACCGGUACAGCAAGGAGUACAAGUACCGCCCAGCGGCAUCACCCAUCGUCACCGAACGCUUGAAGGACGGCCGCACACGCAUCCGUGGUGCUCAGCCGCAGAUCAUCCGCGGAUACCAGUACCAAUAGUUAAUGGAGAGCUCGGAGCUCGUCAAGCAUGACUCGCGAUCUACUUGUGUUGGACCUUCAUUCUGUCUUUCUUCUACCUAUUCUCGGCCCCUUCGCUCUUUCGCUCUCAAGCGACCCGCAUUUCUUAUCCUAUCUCCUUCCUUUAUCAUCUCUGUGGACCUGUAUAUUGCAUCGUUUACUCUCGAGUUCUGC